ACCCAAAGCCAAAGUGUAAAGGCCAUAAAACCCAUCUCCCACCGUCUUCGUUUGUUUCCGUAAACCCUUGUUCUUCUUCUCUGUCUGUCAACAGAACAGAACAGCCAAAUGCUCCUCUGCAACAUUCUCAUUUCUAGUUGAAAGCGUUCAAGAAACGAAAAGAUUCCUCUUCUUCUCUGUGUUGGGCCUUUGGACAUCCAUGGGGUUUGAAAGUUUGGGAUAACUUGAUGGGUUGAAGUCCUGGUUGCCUCCUGAGGAAGAACAGGGGCUUGGAAAACUGGAAGUUCAGUGGCUUUUAUGCUGAGGACUUGGAGAGCUAGUGGAGAUAUGAUUUGGAAAAGAAUUCUGAUGAGGAGUUCGGUUCGGUGCUUGGAGGACAAAGCUCUUCUUAUAGGAGUUUUGAAAUUUGGAGCAGUUUGAUGGGUUGAUCGACUGCUUGCAUCUUGAGGCAGAAUGGGGGCAUGGAAUCUGGAAGCUUUUCUUUUAUGCUGUGGACCUGCAGAGCUUGUGGAGAUCUUUUUUGGAAAAGAAUUCUGAAGUGGAGUUUGGUGGUUUUAGCACUAAGACUAUUAUAUCACAUGGUAGAAGAUUAUGGAUUUCAGAUAACAGUUGGUAGGCAAGUGCAUUUUUUUAAUGAGGUUGGUGCAAUAGAAUGGAGAAGACUUUUGGGAUGCCUCUUCAGUAAUAUAUGAAACUCCUAUUUCAAACAUAUAAGAGGGUGAAUUACUCUGGGACUUUAUAAGAACGUGCACCAGAUAUUAGUGAGGUUGUUUCAGAUGUGUACAAAAUGCGACUCUCAUUGCAGCUGCAGAAAAGCUCAACUAAACUCAAAGGAAAACAAGAAUACUGAUGAUUUGCCCUCCUUAGUUUUUCCAAGAAGUUCUUCCCAGCUGUCAGCAGUCAGUAUAAUGUCUGAAAGUAGUGCACCUAAUCUUGUAUAUAAAAGGAGGAAAUUACGAGGAAACUCUGUCACCAUAUUUUCAGAAGAUCGAGGAAACACAAGAACUGGUGAUUAUCUUUCUUUUGUAAAUUUUAAUGUUCCUUCAGAAGAUCGAGAAAACACAAGAACUGGUAAGAAACAACUUGUUGAUUCGCACAUAGAGCAUGAAACUAAAGCCACUCAAGCGUCUCCUCAUUUAUGCAAUAGAGAGUCUCAUGUUUUAAAUUCAGAAUCUUUUAAUGGAUGUUCUGUUGGUGAGGAAUUAAUUUCUGAUGAAGCACCUAAAAACAAUGUGCAAAAAGUUUUAGAGGUAAACAGCGUAAAUGAUAGUUGCUCAUCAUCAAAGUCAAAUAUGGAGCAUCUGUCAGCAGUCAGAAUAAUGUCUGAAAGUAGUGCACCUAAUCUCGUAUAUAAAAGGAAGAAAUUAGGAGGAAACUCUGUCACCAUAUUUUCAGAAGAUCGGGAAAACACAAGAACUGGUGAUUAUCGUUCUUUUGUAGAUUUUAUCGUUCCUUCAAUUGCUGCUAAGAAACAACUUGUUGAUUUGCACAUAGAGCAUGAAACUAAAGCCACUCGAGCGUCUCCUCAUUUAUGCAAUAGAGAGUCUCAUGUUUUAAGUUCAGAAUCUUUUAAUGGAUGUUCUAUUGGUGAGGAAUUAGUUUCUGAUGAAGCACUUAAAAACAAUGUGCGAAAAGUGUUAGAGGUAAACAGCGUAAAUGAUAGUUGCUCAUCAUCAAAGUCAAAUAUGGAGCAUGCUUCAACUUCCAUGAAGACUGAAGUAGAUGAAAAUGGUGAGUGCUCCUCUUCUAGUGUGAUAGUCAUGGAGGCUGUAGGAGACCUGUCUGAAAAGGAUCUAUGCAUCUCAAUUCUUAGAAGCCAUGGACUGCUUGGGGAUGUUCAGGCUACCAGGAUUUGUCGUUCUGCUGAAGACACUGGUACCAGUAGCAGUGACAGCUGUCAUCGGUCAUGCAAAAUUUGUAGUCGUGCAGGAACUGCUCUGAAAAUGCUGAUUUGUGAUAAUUGUGAAGAGGCAUUUCACAUGUCAUGCUGCCACCCCCGUAUAAAGAAAGUACCUUUUGAUGAAUGGUUCUGCCAUUCUUGUUUGAGAAAGAAGCAAAUUUUAAAGGAGAAAGUGGCUAGAAAAUCACCGAAUAUCACCAGUGUCAUGUGUAGGAAUGCAUCAUCUAAAGGCCAAGUGAAUCCUAUACUGUUAAUGUUAAGAGACAAUGAGCCGUAUGCAACCAGUGUUCGGUUUGGCAAAGGGUUUCAAGCGGAAGUUCCUGACUGGUCAGGCCCAAUAAAUGAUGAUAUUGGUGGCAUUGGCGAACCUUUGGAAUUAGAUUCUUCGGAGUAUGUUAGAUUGAAUGAGCUGAACUGCAAUAAACCUUCUAGAGUUAGCUCUAUAGGUAAUUGGCUUCAAUGUCGAGAAGUUGUAGAUAGUGCAAAUGGAACUAUUUGUGGAAAGUGGCGCAGCAGGGCUCCUCUUUUUGAAGUCCAAACUGAUGACUGGGAGUGCUUCUGCUCUAUCCUUUGGGAUCCAAGCCAUGCUGAUUGUAAUGCGCCUCAGGAACUGGGAACGGAUCAAGUUCUGAAGCAACUGAAGUAUAUUGAGACGCUGAGGCCCCGGCUAUCUGCAAAACGGCAUACUUUGGAUGGCACCAAGAGUACUGGUGAUUUACAAAACCCCAUAACAGAUGCAAAAAGUAUACAAACUCUAUGAUAUGAUGAGAACUCAUUAAAAGUGUCGAUACAAACCCAGCUUGUUACUCAUGUUGUACAUUUAUUUCAUAUAUAACAAAUUGGGUUAGAAAUUUUCACCGCAGUUGAAUGUGUAAUGAUAUAGGCAAGUAUAUGUUUAUGA